AGAAUUUAAAUUAUAAACUCUUCAUGCAGUUAAUUAUUCUUUUAUUAACACAAUGUUACAUUAUUGUGAAUCAUAAUAUUAAGUAAAAUGUGUAUCUGUAAAUUCGCCAUAUGACAGACUGAAGGUGGUAAAGGUUGUCGGCUAGAGAUUAGAAAGAGAACUGUCGGAAAAUAAGAGCGGUGAUAAAAAUUAAAAUAAAUUUGUGUCUGUUUCAACAACAGGAUUUCAGUCCCUUGAAACAUCAACCUUGAAUUUAACAAACUCGUGAUACAAUGGCUGGUAGUCCAGUUGUUAUAGCUGCAACAGCAAAGCAUACUGCAACACUUAUUUUCCUUCAUGGACUUGGUGAUACAGGUCAUGGCUGGGCAAGUGCUAUGGGGGCCAUCAGACCAUCCCACGUGAAAGUUAUUUGUCCUACAGCGCCCACAAUGCCAGUGACAUUGAAUGCAGGAUUUAGAAUGCCAUCGUGGUUUGAUCUGCGUACACUGGAUGCAAAUGGGCCAGAGGAUGAGGAAGGGAUCCGUCGAGCGACAGAACUCGUCCACACAAUGAUUGAACAAGAGAUAAAGGGUGGAAUUGCCUCAAAUCGCAUUGUGAUUGGAGGGUUCUCACAAGGAGGGGCUCUAGCACUAUAUUCUGCUCUACUGUUUCCCAAACCUUUGGCAGGAGUGAUAGCUUUAUCAUGUUGGUUACCUUUACAUAAGCAUUUUCCAGCAGCUGCAAUUGGCAAUGUAGACAUUCCAUAUAUUCAGUGCCAUGGAGACUGUGACCCUGUUGUACCAUACAAAUGGGGACAGAUGACUGCAUCCCUUAUGAAACAGUUUUUAAAAGAAACUGAAUUUAAAACAUACAGAGGAAUGAUGCACUCAUCAUCUGAUGAAGAAAUGCGAGAUCUAAAGAAUUUCCUCAACAUAGUUAUUCCACGAGUAUAAAUGAGAGUAGUAUCUGAAGCUGCAAGUUGUUAACAUGGAAUGGUAGACUGACAGAUGCUACUGGCAUGGUGGCAGAUGUCAGGAUGUCUGGUAUCACUUUUUUUUAACAGCUCAUCUAUAAGACUCAAGAAUUCCUGUCCGUUAUUUAUUGAUAACAGAAAAGCAGGCCUUUUUAUCCUCCCAACCCUUUGUUCCUAUGUCACAAAUUACCAGUCUUUAAAUGUUAUGUCAUCUCACAAACCGAACCAAGUAUAAUAAUGAAAUGAAUACAAAUUUUUAAAAAAUGCAGUGAAUAAACAUUUGUAUAAUAAUAAAAUCAUACAAUAAAAAUGAUGUAUGAAAUAUAUAGUAUAUAGGAUAUAUAUUUUUCUUCCAAAGAAAGCGUAGGUGAGAGUUACCAUUUGGCACCACACACAUGUAAAGACAGAAAAACGUUGGGCUAGUCUAGUUUUGUUCAGAAGUUGCCUUUGCAUUAAUUAGAUGUAUAAAACAAUUCUGAGUGAAUUUGUACAAAAUCAUAACAGCAGUUUAUACAAAUGGCAGUACAUCUGAAUAUAGUCAGUCCUUUUUGUUGUGGAGAGUUAGUGCUAUAUGUUACACCUUUUGUAUCAGCACAUUGAAUAAUAAUUUGUUCUUCCAUAUUUACAUUUUGUAGCAUUGCUUUGAUAUUAGUCGUAAAGCAGGUGGUGGUUUUUUAAAAGAAAUUAAUAUGUCGUGAAAAAUGUGUUUCACAUGGUUUUCAAAAGUACUUGCAGGUUUUAAAACUAACUCUUCCAUUAUUAUAGAGCUGUGGGUACUUGAAACAAGUUGACAAUAUGCAGUAUAAGGUUUUGAUGAUUAAAAACCAAGAGCAGUAGAGAUAAUUCAGGGGUGGAAAAUUGGUCUUGCUGGCAGGACUUCUUUGCUCUUGAGGGUGUUUACUUUGUGCAGUUUUCAUGCAUCUAGUCAGUAGUUUGUUUUUGUUCCUUAAACCUAUGAGAAUAUUUCAUUAAACAUCAAACCAUAGUA